AUGAGGCAUUCGCUGGCAAGGCUCUUGGUCGUCCUAUCAACCUUGUUGGCUCUGGUGGCUGCGUGGACCAAAGAAGACCAUGAGAUAUUCCGCUUGCGGGAUGAGGUGCAGCAGACCGAGGGUCUCAAUGUUACCUUCUACGAUUUCCUUGGCGUGAAACCCACCGUCUCCCAGGCCGACCUCCUCAAGGCCUUCCGCAAAAAAUCCAAACAACUCCACCCGGACAAAGCCAAACGCACCUUCAUCGCCUCCUAUACAACCAACAAACGCCAAAAACCUGGCGUUCGCGUCUCCAAGGGCCCCUCGGAACGCGAAAUCGCCCACGCUCUCAAACUCGCGACGGAACGCUACGCCCGCCUCGGCGUCGUCCAUAACAUCCUGAAGGGCCCCGAACGCGAGCGCUACGACCAUUUCCUGCGCAAUGGCUUCCCCAAGUGGAAGGGGACGGGAUACUACUAUUCCCGCUUCCGCCCAGGGUUGGGCAGCGUGCUAUUCGGCCUGUUUGUGACUUUUGGCGGCGCGGCCCAUUAUGGCGCGCUGGUGCUGAGUUGGAAGCGGCAGCGGGAGUUUGUGGAUCGCUAUAUUCGACACGCCAGGCGGGCGGCGUGGGGCGAUGAGCUAGGUGUCAAGGGCAUUGCAGGCCUGGGCGAGUUGAAUGGCAGUGCCGCUGCGUCCGGAGCGGGAUCAGGCGCGGAUCCCGGUGAUGGUGCCGUGGCGAUGAACCGCAGGCAGAAGCGGAUGAUGGAUAAGGAGAAUCGAAAGGACGGGAAGAAGAAGGGGCGGUCAUCUGGCAAUGCGACGCCCAACGGCGAGGGCGUGAUCGGCUACCGCGGCGAUCGGAAGCGGGUGAUGGCGGAGAACGGCAAGGUUCUCAUCGUCGAUGCUGGGGGCAAAGUGUUCCUGGAAGAGGAGAACGAGGACGGCGUGACGGAGGAGUUCUUGUUGGAUGUUGACGAGAUUCCGCGGCCCGGUCUGCGGGAUACCUUUGCGGUGAAGUUUCCGCUCUGGGCGUACAGGCGAACCCUGGGGCGGUUUUUGGAAGCCGGUGAGGCUGGUUCAGCGGACGGCAAUGUGACGGAGGGUGGUAGAGAGGAUGGCGUAGAUACUGACGCGGAUGUGUCUGUUGUUGGGGGGACUCAGAAGCGGCCGAAUAACUCUGGAUCGCGGAAAAAGGGGAAAAAAGGUUGA